CCUAACCUAACGCAUGAAGCAGAAGAUCCACAGAAGCUAAAGGUGUUUCCACACGCAGCAGAUUUUAUCUCCAUAAACCCUUCGAUCUUUUUCGCCUUUCUUUGCUUCUUCUCUUCACAUCACAUGUGCUAGUGGUGUGGUCGUCAUCCGCCGUCAUCAUGUUAAGUAAUCUCCGCCGUGCCGCCACGUACGGCGGUGCUACCUCUGACCACCUACUCACCCUCAGGCCGUUCAGCUCCGCCACCGCCGUCUCCUCUGUGUCUAAUUCUGACCCUUCACUUCCCUCUUCUUCCGAAUCACAAAGAAAAGCAUCUAGAUGGUUGCUGUUUCUACCUGGGGCUAUCGCAUUUGGCCUUGGGACCUGGCAGAUUAUCAGAAGAGAAGAAAAGAUUAAAAUGUUGGAAUAUCGAGAGAAGAGGUUGCAAAUGGAACCAUUACAAUUCAAUAGUACUUAUUCAUCAAAUGAGGAAUUAAAUUCUCUGGAAUUUAGAAAGGUUGCUUGCAAAGGAUAUUUUGAUGAUAGAAAAUCAAUCUAUGUUGGACCACGUUCAAGAAGUAUUUCAGGAGUAACGGAAAAUGGCUACUUCAUUAUAACACCUCUUAUGCCAGUUCCCAAUUGUCCUGACAGUGUGACUUUUCCAAUUUUAGUCAACAGAGGGUGGGUUCCACGCAGUUGGAAAGACAAAUUUUUAGAGGCUUCACAAGAUGAAAAUUUGGCCGAUUCGUCACCUUCCUCUUCUCACACAGAUGGAACUACAUCCUGGUGGAGACUGUGGUCUAAAAAGCCUCCUGUUAUCACUGAGGAUCAGGUCCCGUCUGUUACACCUAUAGAAGUUGUUGGCGUAGUUCGAGGAAGUGAGAAGCCCAGUAUAUUUGUUCCUGCAAAUGAUCCUAAAUCUUCCCAAUGGUUUUAUGUUGAUGUUCCUGCCAUUGCUCGUACUUGUGGCCUUCCAGAAAAUACCAUCUAUGUUGAAGAUAUUAAUGAAAAUGUCAAUCCAAGUAAUCCUUACCCUCUGCCCAAGGAUGUGAAUGCUUUGAUUCGAAGUUCUGUCAUGCCUAGGGACCACCUAAACUACACAUUGACAUGGUAUUCUCUUUCUGCAGCAGUUACAUUUAUGGCUUUUAAGAGGCUUAAACAGAAAAGUAAACGGAGAUAGCAAAUGUGAUAGUAGAGACACACACACACAGAUACUCCAUUUGACAUCUUGACACAUCUAUAUCCUUGAACAAUGUCUUACCAAACUUUUCUUCAAUUGUCAAUUUUCAUUCAAGUAAAGUCCUCCCUGAAAGCUAUCCUCAUCUCAAAAACAGUGAUGAAAUGAAACUGAGAUGAUACUUUUAGCAAGAAAACCAUGUCAAGAAUUUUGGUGCCACUGAGAUGAAGUUGCGGAUAUUCAUUUUCUGGAAGGUCAUUUUUUCUUUGUUGGAAAAGCAAGUGGUUGUAAGAGGAUAUCAUAUGAAUAUGUUUGGAUUAUAAGGUUAGGGAGUUGUCAGUGCAAAGCAAUUUUACUGACACAAAUGUUGUAGUAAUUGGCUUAGUGUUAAAGUUAAAAGAAAGGAUGAGAGAUAUUAUGGGUUUAAUUCCUCCUAUUAAUAAAAUAGAUAAUUACAAAAGAAAUCACAAAUUUAAGCUUAA